AUGCAGGAAGCAGGAGAGAAAGUGACAAUGCUUGAUGUAGUUUACGGCAAAAUGAAGGAGAAAAUCGUGCUGCAGCGGCUGAUUGUGGUCGCUCGACUCCGUCAUGAUCCGCCUGACAGGAACGAACUGGGAGCUCAUCACGAAAAACUCAACUUUCAGUUGAACAAACAGCACGUGUGGGAUCCCAUAACGGGCCUGCUGUUGAUUUAUCCGUCCUGCCUGCUGCACGUCAUCGAAUCGUCUGGAGUUGUUCUGGAUUCUGUUUUGAAACACCUCGAAGCGUCGCAACAACGGCCAGACAAUGGUUUGCUGGAAGUUAAAAUUGUCUUCAUGGCACAUAAUCUUCAAAGCCGUCUGUUCCAGCAGUGGAGCUACAAGCUGCUGGAUGAGAGUCAGGUUGUUGUUGAUGCUGUGCACAAGAGACCUGAAGAAGAAGAGAGCACAGAGUUUCUGGCUUGCAGUGUCCUGUCGGCUCUGAAGAAGCUGGGAGAACACCUGGGAACACCUCAGAAGGUUCUUCCUGGGUCCGUGUUGGACGACGCUCCAGAUCUCAUCAUCCCUGAAAAGACGUUAAAGAAGCUUUUGGGUCGAGAUGAACUUCUCAGUCCUCAUCAGUACCUGCAGUUGUACAAGCUUCCCUUAAAAAUCAACAUCGAGUUCGGACAGAUCAACCUGAGGUCCAUCCUCUCCUCCCUUUAA